AUGGCCACCCAGCGCAAGAAGAAGGUGCUUGUCUCGGCGUCCAGCCAAGAGCUGCUCGAUGGCCUCGUGCGCCACGAAGCGUAUAUCGCCGACCCGGACGCUGCGCCGACCGCCGAUGACGACGACGCCAUCGAGCUCAUCCAGACGCACAUGUCGAUGGUCUUUCUCCGCGCCAACGUCGUGUACAAGGUCAAGAAGAACGUCGACUUUGGCUUUGCCGACUUUUCGAGCGUCUUCAAGCGCAUGCAGGCGUGCUUGGCCGAGACGCAGCUCAACCAGCGGCUCGCACCCACCGUCUACCUCGGCGUCGUGCCCAUCUACAAAGACAAAGACAACAUCAUUCGCAUCAGCACGUACGACCACUGGACCGACGCGCGCGAGAAGGACGCGACGUACUAUGCCAACGACGAGUUCGGCGAGGUCGUCGACUGGGCGGUCAAGAUGCGGCGGUUGCCCAACGAAAACACAUGCUUGCACUUGCUCAAGACGGGCAUGCUCACGCCAGCGCUGCUGGACGCGGUGGCCGCCAAGAUUGCGCGCUUCCACGUCACGGCGCGCAAGAGCCCGUCGAUCGAUGCAUUUGGGAGCCCGAGUGCGAUCGCCGCCAACGUCAACGAGAACUUUGAGCAGACAAAGACCCACGCGCGGGCUGGCUUGGUCGACGCGAGUGUGUACGCCCACGUCAAGCGGCUCUCGGAGACGAUGACGGCGGACCUCGAUACAAUCUUUCGGCAGCGCGUCGAGAACAGGUACAUCUCGGACACGCACGGCGACUUGCGCCUCGAGCACGUCUACUUUCUCCCGACCGCUGCGAAUGCACCGCUCUCGACAGCCCAAGCUGCGUCGCGCUACGUACCGCCCAUCGCAGCAUAUGCGCUGACGACCUUGGACGUCUCGGCGCUCGACGUCGUCGUCCUCGACUGCAUUGAGUUUAACGAGCGGUUCCGGUACAGCGAUCCGCUCGCCGACGUUGCGUUCUUCUCGAUGGACUUGCUCCGGCUCGGACGCUCCGACCUGGCGCGUGCGUUCAACAGCGCGUACUUAGACGCGUCCAAGCAAGCCUCCAAGGCCAACCACCAGCUGCUUCGCUUCUACACGGCCUACCGCAGCGUCGUGCGCGCCAAAGUCUCGGGCUUCCAGGCGCUCGACUCGCUCAUGCACGACACGGCCAAGUCCCGCGCCCGCGCCAAGUGCCACUGGCUCGUGGCGCUCAGUCUCUUGGCGCUGCCGUGCGACCGGCCACUCUUGGUGCUCAUUGCGGGCCUCCCUGGCACGGGCAAGUCGUCGAUCGCCGAAGCACUCACGCUCACGGACCCGCGCUGGGUCUGGGUGCGCUCGGACGUGGUGCGCAAAGAGCUGGCUGGCGUACCGAUAUCGGAGAAGACGCCGGGCCACCAAACCGACGACGUCUACUCGGCCGCGUCGACGCAAGCCACGUACACGACCUGCUGGGAGACGGCGCUCGAAGCGCUCAGCCAAGGGCAGCGCGUGCUCGUCGACGCAACGUUCCGCGAACCUGCGUUUCGCACGCUCUUCAUCGAGGGCGCCAAGCAGGUCGGCGUCGCCGUUGCCGUCGUCGUCUGCGACUGCAACCGUGAGAUCGUCAAGGGCCGCAUGGCCAAGCGCGACGAGGAGACGACGCAUGUCUCGGACGCGGACUGGACCGUGUUUGAAAAGGUCGAGAAGGUCUGGGCGCCCUUUGAUGUGGACGCCAACAGCAUCUACAGCCUCUCGGCCGCCGAAGUGUUUUGCGUCAGCACGGACAAGCAAAAGGAGCUCAGCGUGCAGCGCAUUCGCGGCUUCUUGCGCAAGCUUGGCGUCGAGUAG